UAUGGCCAUCAUGUGCCUGAUAAAUCUGCUGUUGGCCAUCUGCUUCGCGCACAGCGUAAGGUCCGCGCUUGUAUGGAAUACAGGUGGCGAGAUGGCGCUCUUUAUAUCGAUAGCUAUACCAAUUGAUCUGCCCACGCGACAUGUGUUUGUCUCCUAUAAUUUUGAGGCCAGCUACAGACUGCCACGGCAUUGGCACAGAAGACGGCGAUUUUUCCGUCGUCGCAAUGGCACAGACUCAGACUCACACAUACAUCCAAUGGAUGACUUUGACGAAUACUACGAUGACUAUCAUGACUAUGAGGAUCAUAAGCCACACCACAGGCCGCCCAUCAUAGGGCCACCCAAGCGCAAGAGACCAAAGCCACAAAAACCACCCAAGCGCAAACACAAGCACAAAACUAAACCGAAGCACAAGCCAAAGCCACCGCCCGAAGAUGACUACAAAGAUUUCUUCGAGGAUUCUUUUGCGCGCGACUUGGAACAGCAAUCGUUGCUCUCCCGCACAAAGUUCUAUCAUAUACUCAGCCAGCGAUUCCAACAACAUGGCUUUGGCACUGGCGAUGAUUGUCUGCUACGGCUCAUUUGUGAGGUGAACAGCGGCCCAAUACAUGAGAUAAAUGGCGUGCUGGGCAGCUUGAUGCGGGUGAUGUUCAGUCCCAGCAGCUCGGCGUACGAGUCGUUGCCCGAGCGUUACUACGAUGCGGAGCGUAAAGGAAAGACCGACAACUGCGACGACUACUCGACUAAGUGUAAACGCAGCGUAUUGGACUUGAUAACGCGUCCCCUGAUUGACUAUAUAGGCAAUAAAACUGGUCUGCUGUAGCAAAUGUGCAUUUAGCUU